GCUAGAUAUGUUUGCAUCCGCUGUUCCUCGGGACAGAUACUCGAGAGAAAAACGAAGUGUGUCGCAACCGCGGAACAAUGCGAGAGUGGUUGGAUCUGGCUCGAAGCCAGGAACUGUUUCUCCAGCAACGAUGCCAGUAAAAAAGAGGCUGUUACUUACAAUCGAUGAUUAUCGCAAGGAAGCUACAGCAAAUUUGAAGAAAAUGGAAAUGGAAUAUUACAACCGCGGUGCAGAUGAGGAACUGACACUGACGCGAAAUGUAAAGGCUUUUCAAAGUCUUUUGAUCGUUCCAAGAUGCUUGAGAGAUGUUAGCGAUGUGAAUACUGCUGUGGAAUGGUUCGGAAUAGAAGUGCCAUUUCCCAUCGGCAUUGCACCAACUGCAUUCCAUCGCAUGGCUGAGAAGGAUGGUGAGAUAAGUACCGUUCAAGGUGCUGCAAAAUCGAAGUCUCUAAUGGUUGUUAGCUCCUGGGCUACAACCGCAAUCGAGCUUAUCGGUCACGAAGCAAUGAAAUUAGACGUACCACUUUGGUUCCAGCUGUAUGUUUACAAGGACAAAUCCAUCACAUCAUCGUUGCUCUUCCGAGCACAUGCGGCUGGCUGCAAGGCAAUUGUUGUCACCGUGGAUACACCAGUCCUCGGCAGACGCUUAGCAGAUGAAAGGAACGCAUUCAAUCUUCCAGCAGGACUAACACUUGCAAAUUUCACAACGAUACAAUCGUCACAAAUGCCAUCGGCACACGAAGGACAGUCAGCUUUCGAAAAAUAUGUUGGCAAUCAGAUCGAUCCUAGUUUGGAUUGGAAUAUGGUAGACUGGGUGAUUAGCAACACAAAAAUACCGGUAAUCUUAAAAGGAAUAAUGCGAGCCGAUGAUGCUGAAGAAGCCAUAAAUCGAGGCGCACAAGGAAUCAUUGUAUCAAAUCAUGGUGGACGCCAACUGGACAGUGCUCCGGCUACAAUAGAAGUACUCCCAAGUAUAGUAGAGGCUGUGAAUGGAAGGGUGCCGGUGUUCUUCGAUGGUGGCAUUCGUAAUGGUCGUGAUAUCUUCAAAGCUAUAGCUCUUGGUGCAGAUGGCGUAUUCGUUGGUCGUCCUGUUAUUUGGGGUCUGUCUGUAAAUGGAGCUGAAGGUGUUGCGAAUGUGAUGCAGAUAUUCCAAAAAGAAUUCCUGCACACUAUGCGACUUGCUGGUUGUCGUUCAAUACAAGAAGUACGGGAAUUUCACGAUGGAGUUGUAAAAGAUUCGCAUUUUGCCAAACUCUGACAGAAGACAAUAAACUGC